AAUCAAUGCCUUUUUAACCUAAUUUCUGCCAAAUGGACCUGAACCUGAACCUGAACCUGAACCUCAACCUCAACCUCAACCUCACCUUCCGAGUCUAACUGCUAGUAUCAAAAAAAUAAUCAUGAUCUCGGUAUUCAAAAUCUGAAGUAUAAACUCUACCAUGUCAAUGGCGAACAAAUUUGUCACUAGACGGGAGCUACUGGACAGGUGGAGUGGCAUCGAGGAAGAAGAGGACAACGACGGCGACGAUAUUGUUGAUCCCUCGAAACUUUGUCGCCUCCACCUCCAGAAAGAACAAUGGUUUGCAGAUGCAUAUAAUUUUCUAAGUUGUUUGCCUAGUGAAAGUCAUAUUUGGUGUGGUUUUUGGGAUAUAAUGGGUCCCCUUUUGGAGACUUUUUACAAUUACUUCAAAGAUGACCGCCAAGAUUCACCUCUCAGGCAGUUAUGGAAGAGACUCUCUGAUGAAAUGCGGCACUGCCUUCAAUGCAUUUCUCAGCAUCAUCAAGCCCAAGCCAUGUAUAAUAUGGAGUACGAGUCGAGCUCUGUUGGUCCUCUUCUUGAUGUCUUGCAAAAGCUUGAUUGUGAAAGGGUGACAUUUCACCUGAGAGAUAUCAAUGCAAAAAUAGCAGGGGAGAAAUACAAUCCUGCUUGUGAUAAUGCUGAAGUUGUUAAUGUUUUGUACGAGGCAUUGAUGUUCCCAAUUCUCUUGGAUUAUCAGCAUCUGUUCACUGAGUUUGAGUUGUUUGUUGAAGCCAUUGAUAAUAAGCAUGAACUGGCUUUGUCAGGGCAUCAACAAUUUCCGGGAGUUUAUGCAUUACUCUUUUGCAAGAGAAGUGUUCGUUCUGUUGGAUAUCGGUUAGCAGGAUCAAUGGGAAAACUGAGGAGAGCAACAGACUUGGAACCAUUGCAGCCGUUGCUUAAGAAGUUUAUUGGCUGUUUAGAGGCAGAUGCUUUACCAUUGGCUUUGGAGACCUCAGCACCAAGAACUCAACUGGAUCGUGUGUCUUUAUGGAUUGGUAUCAAAUCACUGCUUGGUUUCUUGGAUCCUCCAACUUUUGAAGAGGGGAUACUGGAACGCUAUCCCUUUUUUCUUGAUAUUGUGCUCAAUCAUAUUAGUGGUGAUUCACUUGAAUUUUCACAUGCUGUUACUUGCUUGAGACUACUCUUUGAAAUGCUUGGUUGUAAGCUUUGGUUGAGGUCUACAUUGUCUCCAAGUGUAAUGCGCAACACUCUGAUUGGUCAAUGCUUCCAUACUCGCAAUGAGAAAAUCCAUAAAGAUAUUUUUAGUCUAUUCCAACCUUUUCUACAGUCACUUGAAGCUUUGCAAGAUGGGGAGCUUGAAAAGCAACGUAGGUAUUUUCUCUAUUUUCUCCUCCAUCAAGUGCCAGUGAGCAGUAACUACAGCGUUCUAACAAGAAAAUUGGCAUGUCAGAUAGCGCUUCUUGUUGUACACCGAGGUUACAAGAUGAACCCACCCUGUCCUCCUGUUGAGUGUGCCCAUAUGUGGGGACCAGCCCUUGUGUCAUCUCUGAAGGACUCCUCACUUCACAAUUCUUUGAGGCAACCUGCUUUUGACCUUAUACAGACUAUCAUAGUAUCAGAUGCUACUGCUUUAAUAUAUUCAGUGCUGAAUUGUUGCAGAACUCCAAGCACUGAUAGUAGCAUGGCAAUUGAGGUCAUUGAGUUGGAUGAUGAGAAUGAAGAUAUUUGGCUGCCAACUAUUCCAAAUGGUGAAAAGAAAGAUGAUAGUUCUUGGAGUCAAUUCAGUGUGCAAAGUGGAAUAACUUCUCAAGAGUGCCGAGAAUGGAUGUGCAUUCCAAUGUUAUGGGUUGAUGUUUUAGUUGAUAUCGAUCCCUCAGUCCUUCCAAUUUCAUUUUCUAAAGCUGUCUUUUGGGCACGAUCUCGUUUUCCUAUGGUUGAACUUGAGAAUAGUGCUGAAAUGGUGCUUCCAGUCAGAUCUUUCCUUUCAUCUCAUGCCGCAGAAAUUUCUUUUUCGUUUGGGUGGAAGGUUCCAACUGGUUCUGAUGAUGGUGGAGAUGGAAACAAAUCACAAAACUCAGUUGAUUUGUUGACUAUGUCUUUUCCAUUAAUGAAAACAUUUAUUAGGUUAACUGCACAUUUUUUAGUUCAGAUAAGACAAGGAGAGCUUCGAAGGCAGUGGACUUGGGAACCACUGAUGAGUGAAAGCGUGAUCCUUUCACUUUUGGAUCCAAAUGAUGAUGUUAGACAAUUUGGAAAAUCAAUGUUGGAACAAGUUUCCGAUACUCGGGGUCUUUCAUGUGGAUUGAAGUUUCUUUGUUCUCAGAAGUCCUCAUUGUAUGCAACUAUUUUGGGCCUCAAACAUGCUAUGAAACUGGUGCAACUGGAUUCUGUUCUGUUGAAGUUUCAUACUCUGCAUCAUUUUUGGUUUCUUUUAUGCAAAUUACUCAAAGAUGAGGGUCUACUUACUCAGGAGUUUCCUGAAAAUACACGUAGUGACUUCAGAGUGCUAAAAUUCUCUUCUCAAGGAGGUUUUUUAAAGCAGCCAGAUUUUGAUUCUAUGCCUGAGGAUGUUGUUAAACAUGCUAGCCAUGUUGAACUAAAAGCAAAAGAAAAAAUUGGUUGCUCACUAACUGAAAUGGCAUGGCCUAUUUUCUGUAGGUGCCUGGUAAAAGGCAAAGACGUCAUUGAUUACAAUCUUUGCCAGAUGACUUGUGUUCGGUUACUUGAGGUUCUCCCUGUUCUUGUUGAUAAAUUCCACCUAUCCAGUGGUAAAGAGCUUGGGAAUUUCACAAUGCUGGUACAAAAUAAAUUGGAUUUGAAAUGGCUUCAUGAUCUCAUGGAAUGGGGGAAAUCAUCACUUAAAGUUGUUGUCAUUUAUUGGAAGCGAGCAGUUACUUAUAUACUGAAUCUGUUCAAAGGUUCUUGUGAUAAAACUUCUCUGUCAACAAUCAUGACCAUUGAAAAUCUUAUUUCGAAUGAUGGUUAUACUUUGGAAGAAUUGACAGAACAAGUGUCUCGCCUGUCCGUUUCUCUGUCUAGGGAAGGCUCUCAUAAUUUUCAAGAGGAAAAUGUGAAGCACAACUUGGUAUCUGAAAGCUUUCCUUUUGGGAAGAGCUGUUAUAAUUCAGAUAUCGAUUCUUCAUCCAUGGAGGAUAUAGGUGUACAAAUUGGGGACUCUAAAAUAAUGACCGGCAAAACAGACACUGAAAGUGUAACUAUUCUUUCUGAUGAUGAAGUGGAAACGAACGUUUCGUCCAAGAAGGUCAUUUUAUCAGUUAGUGAGGCAGGUCAUCACAUAUCUGAUGGCAAUUUUAUGCUACGUGAUGCUGGUAAUAGUUUACCAGCUGCUGACCUUGCAAAGCAGAAUGUUUCUCACUUGAAAACUUCCAAGAAAAUGAAGGAGACCUUCCAGAAAAAGGCUAAUACUGAAGUUUUCAGCCUUUCUUCUCAGAAACUGGACUCUGGUAAUUCACAUUAUAAGCCUAUGAUCACUUCAUUUAUUGAUUCAAAAGGGCCAGGCAGUUGUAGGACAGAAGUAAGCUCAAAAUUCAAGGAUAGGGUUAAUUUGACAAAAUUAUCUGAUGAAGCUGUUGAUGCUAAAAAUUUGAAUAAAGCUUGCAGCAGCAUGGCUCCCAAAACAGGCGACACUGUGUCAAGUACUUGUAAUAAAAUGUUACAUGAUUUUCAGGAUGCUGAAGAUGAUCCUCUAGAGACUGCAUUGAAAUCUGUGGGACGUGUCCAGUUGCAUGUACCAAAGCCUACUUCAGUUUUGAAAAGACAAGUUAUUCAACUCAAAACACCUCUUGAAAACAGAUCUGGUUGUCUCCAUAAAUUGGAGGAUCCAGUGAAAAGAUUCAAGCCACCAAAGUUGGAUGAUUGGUAUAAACCUAUUCUUGUAAUAAAUUACUUCGCAACAGUGGGAUUGUCGUCUGCAAGAAAAGAUGAAAACCAAACUGUUACCAAGUUAAAAGAGGUUCCUGUAUAUUUUCAAUCUCCUGAACAGUAUGUGGACAUAUUUCGGCCAUUAGUUUUGGAGGAGUUUAAAGCACAGCUACAGAAUUCUUUUCUUGAGAUGUCUUCAUGGGAGAUGUUUUAUGGAAUUCUUUCUGUGAUGUCAGUUGAGAGAAUUGAUGACUUCCAUCUUGUUCGCUUUGUCCACGAUGAUGGUGAUUCUAAAGCAUGUAGGAGCUUUUCAGAAAAUGACUUUCUUUUGCUAACAAAGGAUCCUCCACGAAAAUCUUCUCAUGAUGUUCAUAUGGUUGGAAAGGUUGAAAGGCGGGAGAAAGACAAUAAAAGAAGUUUAAGUAUUAUUCAGAUCAGGUUCUAUUUUCAAAAUGGUUCUUCACGGUUAAAUCAAGCUAGAAGGAAUCUCACUGAACGAAGUAAAUGGCAUGCAUGUCGUAUAAUGAGCAUUACCCCACAAAUUCGUGAAUUUCAUGCAUUGGCAUCAAUAAAAUACAUACCCUUACUUCCUCUCAUUUUAAAUCCUGUCAAGGAUUCCUUUUGUCUGAAUGAUUGUAAAGAAGUAGAUCUCAAUCAUUUGUGCCAGUCAUUGCAACAAACCUUGAGGUCAUCGUUUAAUCUCAGUCAGCUUCAAGCAAUAAGUGUUGCUAUUGGAAAGGCUAAAGCAAAGAAAAAUGUUGAAUUAUCUCUUAUUCAGGGUCCUCCAGGAACUGGGAAAACUCGAACUAUUGUUGCAAUUGUCAGUGCCAUUCUGGCUUUUCGACAGAAGAUGAAUUCUCUAAAAAAUUCUUUAGAUGAAAACUUGAACCAAAAUUCUUCUUCUACCCAUUCAAGACCAAAGAUUAACCAGAGUGCUGCCAUUACGAGGGCAUGGCAAGAUGCAGCCUUGGCUAGACAAUUGGGUGAUGAUAUCCAAAGUUCUUCAAAAUCUUUUGGAAAUUGUGCAAGACAAAGAGUGCUUAUCUGUGCUCAAUCUAAUGCUGCAGUGGAUGAGUUGGUGGCAAGAAUUUCUAGCCAUGGACUUUACGGCACUGAUGGGAAGACGUACAAGCCUUAUCUUGUAAGGGUUGGAAAUGCAAAAACAGUUCAUCCAAAUUCACUGCCAUUCUUUAUUGACACACUUGUUGAUCAACGGGUAGCAGAAGAGACAAUGCAUACAAUUUACGGGAAUAAUGAUUUGAGGGUAGAUUCGUCUGCUGUAUUGCGGUCUAAUUUAGAGAAACUAGUUGAUUCUAUUAGGUUCUAUGAAACCAAGCGUGCUAACAUAACAGAUGGGAAUUCUUAUGUUAAAAGUCAUCUGCAUAAUGACUCCCAUAUGGCAGAUGCGAAAGAAAUGUCUGAGGCAGAAAUUGGAAUGAAGCUUCGUAAGCUAUAUGAACAAAAGAAACAAAUAUAUAAAGAUCUUUGUAAUGUUCAGGCUCAGGAAAAAAAAGCCAAUGAAGAAACCAAGGCUCUUAGGAAUAAGCUGCGAAAGUCUAUACUAAGGGAAGCUGAAAUUGUGGUAACUACAUUAAGUGGCUGUGGUGGGGAUAUUUAUGGAGUAUGCUCAGAGAGAACGUUUAACACCAAGUUUGGAGGUCCAUCUGAACAUAACCUCUUUGAUGCUGUUGUAAUUGAUGAAGCUGCCCAAGCUCUUGAGCCAGCUACUCUGAUUCCUCUUCAGCUUUUAAAAUCAAGUGGGAGCCAAUGCAUUAUGGUUGGUGAUCCAAAGCAGCUUCCGGCAACUGUCCUGUCCAAUGUUGCAAGUAAAUUUCUUUACCAGUGUAGCAUGUUUGAACGUUUACAAAGGGCUGGGCAUCCUGUUAUUAUGCUUACUGAACAGUAUAGAAUGCAUCCAGAAAUAUGCAAGUUUCCUUCAUUUCAUUUCUAUGACAACAAAUUGCUAAACGGAAGCCAAAUGUCUAGCAAAUCAGCACCAUUUCAUCAGACCAGGGGCCUCGGGCCAUAUGUAUUCUAUGAUAUCAUCGAUGGCCGGGAGGUUCAUGGGAAAAACUCUGGUGUAAUGUCACUUUGUAAUGAACAUGAAGCUAACGCUGCAGUUGAAGUACUAAGGUUUUUCAAGAAAAGGUACCCAUCUGAAUUUGUUGGUGGAAGAAUUGGUAUUAUUACUCCAUAUAAGUGUCAACUUUCCCUUCUACGAUCUCGUUUUCUUAAUGCUUUUGGACCUUCAAGCAUAGCUGACAUUGAAUUUAACACUGUGGAUGGUUUUCAAGGUAGAGAGGUGGAUAUAUUGUUACUCUCUACUGUAAGAGCAGCUCAUUUAAGCAUUUGUGAUUCUGAAAUCAACUCAAAAUCUAUUGGAUUUGUUGCUGAUGUUAGACGGAUGAAUGUAGCCUUGACAAGAGCCAGGUUAUCACUUUGGAUUUUGGGUAAUGCAAGAACUUUACGGACAAACCAGAACUGGGCUGCUCUUGUGAAGGAUGCUGAAGAAAGAAACUUGAUCAUGAUGGCUAAGAUGCCAUAUCAUUCAAUGUUUAAAACAGAUAAAAAUAAACCUUCCAUUGAAAAUUCUGCUAAUCAUGUAAGACCAUUGAAGCAUGAGAAGAAGGUUAAAGAUAGUGGCCAGAGCGUAACAAAAAAUUUGGUUCAUGACAAGGAUAUAACUGAGAGGAAAAGGAAAUGCGUUACCUCUGAAGUCAGGGACAGGGAUGAGGGUAAUGGGGAUGAAAAUACUUGUUCAGAUUUGGGAAAAGAGGCUCUGUGUAAGGAAAGGAAUUUUGAAGAUGAGCAUGUUUCCAUUACAAAGGAUAUGGGAUGUCUAGUUGCAAAAUGUGAAAGCAAAAGCUCCGUUGGUGGCAUGUUUAGAAUGUUAGGUCAACAGGCUUGUAACAAUGGAAGGGAAGGAAAAGAUAAAUUGAAGACUGGCAUGGGGAAGACAAAAUUGAGUAAAAUACAAUCAAAAUUUCAACAUUCAAGGAAUAAUUUAGACCAUCCAGUGGAAGAGACAGGUCUUGGCCAUAAUGCGUCAAAACUUUCAGCAUCAGAAAGACUGAAUAUGCAUUCUGAAAGGGAUAGGAGCCGUUCUACUAAAGCUUCUGCUUCCUCAAUGAAAGGCCGUCACAAAGAGAGACAUGCAGAUGAUCAAGCUGAAGCUCCUAGUCAAAGUAAAGUUGCCGAAAUUUCAACGAGGAAACAGCAGCGUGAAGCUGUUGAUGCUAUUCUUUACUCAUCUCUGAUAUCUGCAAAGAAGAAUGACGCAUCAGCAAAAGUUUCUGGAAAAAGGGCCUUUUCAUCAUCUGAUGCUAGUGGGAGUACGAAACCACCUAAGACAAGAAGUGUGAGGCUAGAUCAGUGAGCACAUUAACAAAUUUGCUCUGAGGAUAAGGCUGAAGCUUUUCAUGGAUUCUGUUCUGUGAUCGCCUUUUUGACUUCACCUACUUCAAUGCUGAUGAUUUUUUCUGCUUAUGUCCAAUGCUUUCCCAUCUAUGUUUUGUAAUUUGGAGAUUACUGAAACAUGUAAUGAGAAAUACUAGUAGCAGAUUUUUAGGUAAAUGCGAGAAAUUUUGUUCAUAUUAUACAAUUUUUUUUUUAAAUAUAAUAUUAUACAGUACUAAUCAAUUAUCGUGGAUAAUUCUUGAAGUAAGGAGAUGUAUUGUACAUUGUUCUACGCAUAUUUUUGAAUCACAUUUACCAAUAGAAUGGUAAUGUUUUUUUCU